GCGAAGCGAGACGCGGCUGAGCAGUCGGACGGCAGCAGCCGGGGCCGUCGGUAGAUGGCGGUAACCCAAGAAACCUGAUCCGCCGGGUUCUCGGGCGCUCGGUCUCAGUUUGCAGCACUCGCGUUGAAGGCAGAGGAGCCGAGCACAGUUUGAAGGACAUCAAAAGAGACGCCGGAGCGCUCGCAUCGGGUCCCCUCCUCCGAGUUCCGCGCGCAGCCCUCCGGAACGCGUCGUCGCAGACGAAAAAACCGGGAAUUCCGCCGACACCAUGGAAGACAAAUCCAAUUCGUUCUCCAGCAACAAGGAGGAGAAGACGGAUGGGAAUAAUGUUUUUCAGAGACAGGACUCGAUACAGAAAAAUAACACGGGGAGCCAGAACAUGAAGGACCAUGGCAACUCGGUGGGCUUCAAGGGGGAGCGGGAGGAGGCCAUGGUGGGCUUUGACGAUCUGGAGGGGGCGUCCAGGCAAUAUGGUUUUAUGCAGAGGCAAUUUGGGGCCAUGAUGCAGCCCGGAGUCAAUAAGUUCUCCUUGCGUAUGUUCGGCAGUCAGAAAGCCGUGGAGAAAGAACAGGAGAGGGUUCAAACGGCCGGAUACUGGAUCAUUCAUCCAUAUAGCGAUUUUAGGUUCUACUGGGACUUGAUAAUGCUCAUCAUGAUGAUGGGGAAUCUAAUCAUCAUUCCUGUGGGAAUAACCUUCUUCUCAGAGCAGACUACCACCACCUGGCUGGUCUUCAAUGUGGCCUCGGACACCAUCUUCCUGGUGGACCUGGUCAUGAACUUCAGGACGGGGAUCGUCAACGAGGAGAGCUCGGAAAUCAUCCUCGAUCCCAAAGUCAUCAAGAUGAAUUACCUGAAGAGCUGGUUCGUCGUGGACUUCCUCUCGUCCAUUCCGGUGGAUUAUAUCUUUUUAAUAGUGGAGAAAGGCUUUGACUCGGAAGUUUAUAAAACAGCCCGCGCCCUGCGAAUCGUCCGCUUCACUAAGAUCCUCAGUCUCCUGCGUCUGCUGAGACUGUCACGACUCAUCAGAUACAUUCAUCAGUGGGAGGAGAUCUUCCAUAUGACCUAUGACCUGGCUAGUGCGGUGGUAAGAAUAUUUAAUUUGAUAGGGAUGAUGCUGCUACUGUGUCACUGGGAUGGCUGUCUCCAGUAUCUGGUGCCUCUCCUCCAAGACUUCCCCCCUGACUGCUGGGUGUCCCUAAACGGUAUGGUUAACGUCUCCUGGGGUAAGCAGUAUUCUUAUGCCCUCUUCAAAGCCAUGAGCCACAUGCUGUGCAUCGGGUACGGCGCCCGGGCGCCCGUCAGCAUGUCUGACCUGUGGAUCACCAUGCUGAGUAUGAUUGUAGGCGCCACGUGCUACGCCAUGUUUGUGGGCCACGCCACGGCUCUGAUCCAGUCACUGGACUCUUCACGCAGGCAAUACCAAGAGAAGUAUAAGCAAGUGGAGCAAUACAUGUCCUUCCACAAGCUUCCAGCAGACAUGCGACAGAAGAUCCACGACUACUACGAGCAUCGCUACCAGGGGAAGAUAUUUGACGAGGACAACAUCCUGAGUGAACUCAACGACCCGCUCAAAGAGGAAAUUGUCAACUUCAAUUGCCGGAAACUUGUGGCCACGAUGCCGCUGUUCGCGAACGCAGACCCCAACUUUGUGACGGGGAUGCUGAGCAAGUUGAAGUUCGAGGUGUUUCAGCCCAACGACUACAUCAUCCGGGAAGGAACCGUCGGGAAGAAGAUGUACUUCAUCCAGCACGGCGUGGCCAGCGUCAUCACCAAGUUCAACAAGGAGAUGAAGCUGACGGACGGAUCCUACUUUGGAGAGAUCUGCCUGCUCACCAAGGGGCGGCGGACGGCCAGCGUGCGCGCCGACACCUACUGCCGCCUCUUCUCGCUGUCCGUCGACCACUUCAACGAGGUCCUGGAGGAGUACCCCAUGAUGCGGCGCGCGUUCGAAACCGUCGCCAUCGACCGACUGGACCGCAUCGGGAAGAAGAACUCCUUGCUGCUGCAGAAGUUCCAGAAGGAUCUGAACGCCGGCGUUUUCAACACACAGGAGAACGAGUUAUUGAAGCAGAUUAUUCGCCAGGACCGGGAGAUGGUGAUGAUGGUGGACCGCAAGCAGUCGGUCACCGGGAUGAACUCAACGCCAAUGUCAGGAAACUCGAUCAUUAACUCGCCAGCCCAGCCGCCCUUCGCCACUGCCUUUGGCACCAAUCAGCUCCAGCAGUCCUCUGUACCCAUGACCUACAGUGCUUCAGCCAUCGCCAACGCGUCCGCUGCCCGCAUGAUGCCAGCUGCUGCAGCUGCUGCCGUUGCGGCGGCGCAGGGGGUGUACCCCGCUCCCAGCGUUUCACACGGCAACCUCAAUUCCUCCACCAACCCGCAGCAGCAGGGCGCGAUGAUGUCGCCCUGCUCCUUCACAGCUGCCAUGUGUAGCCCACCCAUACAGACCCCGCUGGCCAGCCGGAGCUUCCAGUACGGCUCGCCCACGGCCUCCCAGCUGUCGCUCAUACAGCAGCCCAUUGGCCAAGCGUCUCUGUCCACGCAGCAGCAGACCGCUCAGCAGCCUGCCGCGUCGUCAGCUGGAGCUGCUCCAGCGCAGCCGCAGUCGCAGCAGUCGCAGCAGCAGUCGCAGCAGCAGUCGUCGCCUCAGCAGCAGGUCCCUUCACCUCAAAGGGCAGACAUCCAUAAGAGCACACAAGCUCUUCAGUCAGGCAGUCUGAGUCGAGACGUCCGACACUUAUCGGCCUCCCAACCAUCACUGCCACAUGACACAUCUCUGGGGCCCAGAGCACACCCAGCCUCAGGAGACUCUCUGGCCUCCAUUGCGCCACCGACAACGAUCCAGGGAAUGAAUCUGCAGAGCGGCAUCCGCACCACAGUGCCCCAGCGGGUUAAUUUAUUCCGCCAGAUGUCGUCAGGAGCAUUGCCCCCGGUGCGCACAGCCACAGCCGCCGCCGCUGCUGCUGCUGCCGCGGCGGCGGCGUCGCCAUCGCCAUCAUCAUCGUCGUCAACCCAGCACAGGGAAUCCCCCGGAUCUAGGAGAGAUUCUGUCCUGAGUAGUACAGAGACUGAGCAAGACAAAAUGCGCUUUGCAUCAAAUUUAUGAUCCCAUUUUAACCCUUUUGAUUUUUUACAUUUAACAAUGUUAGAAUUCAUUUUUUAAAAUGAUAUAAAACAAAAAAAAGAUAAAAAGGAGGAACUUCAGCGUUUUUUGGUUCUCUCAGAUUUCUUCUAAUAUAACCUCAUAGCUAUCCUGUACAUACAGUCCCUUGUAUUAUAUUUUAGACACAUUGUCUCCCUAAACUUAAGAAUGUAUAUUAUAUAGAUAUGUCUUUUCUUUUAUGCCAUAUGGAUGGAUUUCUGAUGGUGCGCGUGUGCAUGUGACUUUGUAAGUGAGCGUGUGCGCGUUUCAAAUCCAACUACAAUAUUUGGCAGUGGCAAUUUAAAAAGCUGUAGUAUAAACAUGAGUCUUCCUUACUGAGAGAUAGAGACAAAUAUAUACAAUGAUUCUGACAAUGACUACUUUGUUUUGUACCACGGGGGAAGGGGGGGGGGGGAGAGGAAAACGAUCCCCUUCACCUGUUAAGCAGCUUUAGGCAUCACUGUGGAGUAAUAAAUGCAAGCUCUCUAAUAACCUUAAAAAGCACACACCGAUCUCACACAAAUGUCCUGAACACUCAUUCAGAAAUCGACACGAAUACUGCUAAGUGUUAUGUUGCUCCGAGCAACGGGAACCAGUCUGCAGAGCCACUCGAUCCCCACAGUGGCACACGUACAAACCAUGACAGUGUUAUGGGUCCAAAGGGAAUAGAUAAUAGAAAUGCUGCUUUCUGUUUAUUUUCAAGGACAGUGGCGUGUGGAAAAAGACACGGAUGGAUGCUGUUGUUUUCUACUUCUAAUUUCAGAUGGCUGAGAUGUUAUGUAAUGUUGCUUAAAAAUUCUGUGUAUAUUUAUAAUAUUUAUAAACUAAAGAUUAUCACCAUUAUGCAAUAGACUGUGACAUAAAGAUUACCUAUAUGUGUGCUGUAAAUAGUUUUGUAGAGCUAGUAUUUACAGAUACUGUGUGGUGCAUUCUCUAUCAUAACAAUGUCUUACUUCUAUCAGGAACCUAGAUAUCAUCUAUACGACAGAGGUUAAGUGACAAAAAAACAUGUUUCAUAAGAGAUAAACAAACCUUAAUGCAAUAGCUAGCACUACUCGAUGCUGAGAAACGCCUGAUUGGACGACAUUUAACAAACCCUCUCUGUAUAGAUCUCCUUGAAUGUUGCACGUCCGGUGAACAUUCACAAUAUUUAUCGACACACAGCCUGGUUUCUAAGACAUCCUGGUUUCUAAGACAAAAGUGUGUAUUUUCUAUCGCCUCAUUUCCCAGAACAGCUGAGGAUUUUAAGAAAGAUUCUUUGGCUUGUGUGAGAAGUUUACUUUUUUUUAAAAAAAUGACCAAAAAUGAGGCUCACGUUUUUCUACCUAAUUAUUGCACCGUUUUUUUUU